UCAACAACGGAAAUUUAAAUCAGAACAAUUUCAAAAUAUUAAAUAUUCAUUCUCUUUGAUCGAUACUUGAAUAAUAUGUCAGGAAGAGGAAAGGGAGGCAAGGGGUUGGGCAAGGGCGGAGCAAAGCGCCACCGCAAGGUCCUCCGUGAUAACAUCCAGGGAAUCACGAAACCGGCGAUCCGGCGUCUAGCUCGUAGGGGAGGUGUCAAGCGUAUCAGUGGCUUGAUCUACGAGGAAACCCGUGGAGUGUUGAAGAUCUUCUUGGAGAACGUGAUCCGCGACGCCGUGACCUAUACUGAGCACGCCAGGAGAAAGACGGUGACCGCCAUGGAUGUCGUUUAUGCCCUCAAGAGGCAGGGUAGGACUUUGUACGGUUUCGGUGGUUAGGUUGGUGUUUACUGUUCAGGGUUGCGGAAGUUGGCUGCGAUGGCGGCGGCGGCGAUGGUGGUGGGGGGAUUUGAAGUCUUGCGGUCAAGAAUGUUUGAGCGUAGUAUCAGCGUUAGGGCUUUGUAAUUAGUGACUAUUAGAAAUUAGACAUUGGGUACUGUAUGCUUUCGUUUACGAUUUGUGAUUCUUGUACUGGAUUACAGAUGUUAAUGAAGUUUUGAGGUAAUUUCUAA